AGCACAAAAAUGCCAAGGACUACCUUUAGCUCUUCUAGUGGUUGCAGGACAUCUCUCGAAAAUUUCUACAACACGAAAAUGUUGGAAUGAUGUUGCCAAAACUAUAAGUAAAAUCGUUGCUAGUGAACCAGAUAAAUGUCUUGGAGUGGUCGCGAUGAGUUAUAGUUACUUGCCCGAUCACCUGAAAUCAAGCUUCCUUUCUAUGGCAGCUUUCCCGGAAGGUUUUGAGGUUGAAAUUCAUAGAUUGAUCCAAUUAUGGAUUGCUGAUGGUUUUCUAAGGAAUGAAAGGGUCAAAAGCUUGGAAGAAAUUGGAAAAGAAUGGUUGGAGGAUCUUAUUAGUAGAAACUUAAUAAUGGUUAUAAAACGGAGAUUUAAUGGCGAGAUGAAAACAUGUGGCGUUCAUGAUCUGGUGCGAGACUUGAUUUUAAGACAAGCUGAAAAGGAGAAGUUUAUGCAGGUUACCAGAAUUCAUAAAGUAAUCAGAAGAUUCAAUGAUUCAGCUUGUAAGCCUUAUGUUCGUCGUUACAGUUUCCAUUCAACCAUUUCUCCGACUGAUUGCUGGAAUUCAUCAUCUAGUUUUACCCGAACUUUGUACUUAUUCAAUGGACUAAAACUUGUAUCGCCCCUUUCUAAACAAGUACCUUUUUUAGCGCGCUUCAAACUUCUAAGAGUGUUGGCAAUCCUUCAGUAUACUUUCCGAGAAUUCCCUCUCGAGUUAACAAAAUUAGUACAUCUCAGAUAUCUUGAAUUCAACUGUUAUGAUGAUCUUCACAGGUCAGUGUCCGAGCUGUAUAAUCUGCAAAACUUAGUUUUUGGCGGACACUCUAAUUUACCAGUGGAUAUCUGGAAAAUGAAACUUUUGAGGCAUCUUCAUGUAAGAAAGAUUUCUUCUUUUCGUGUUCCAUCGAGUAAAGAAGGGUCCGGUUUCAAGCUACAAAAUCUCGAGGGACUUUCAGAUAUAAGUAUUUCCUGUUGUACUAAGGGAUUGUUUACUGGUUUUCCCAAUCUAAAGAGGCUGAAAAUUCAUGGUGCUUGGGCAGAAUGCAGGAGAGAUAUGAUUUUCCAGACGCUAAAUAACCUUUCGUGUUUAAAUAAGCUUGAAAUAUUGAAGAUAAUCUGCUCUAGAAAAUUAUAUCCGCACCCUCUCCCAAGUAAGUAUGCUUUGCCUACAUCUCUGAAGAGGUUGACAUUAAGAUGUACUUAUUUACCAUGGGAAGACAUGGCUAAUAUUGUAACGCUGCCAAAUCUCAAAGUGCUUAAAAUUAAAGACAAUGGAUUUGAUGGCGAUGUAUGGAGAUUAAACAACCAAGAGAAUUUCGUUCAACUUAAGUUCCUCCUAAUCGACAGGACAAAUCUGAAGCAUUGGGACGCUGGCAGUGUUAACUUCCCAAAGCUGAAACGCCUAGUUCUGAAACGAUGCUUAUACCUGGAGGAAAUUCCUAAAGAUAUUGGCGAAAUUUGUACGUUGGAGUCAAUAGAGUUGCAUAACUGCAGAAGUUCUGUUGCAAAGUCCGUCAAAGAAAUUCAAGAAGAGCAAGAGAGCAUGGCGCAUGAUAUCCUUAGUAUUCGCAUCCAUGAGAAACCUUGGUGGGAUUAAUAAAUAGUUAGUUCAAGACAGCUGAUCAUCUGGUGCUGCGCAGAGUUCUAUAGCCAGGGGCGAAGCUACACUCGGGUAAGGGUGGUCAAUUACACUUUAUAUAUAAGUAAAAUAUUAGGUUUUGGAGGUAUGUAACAUAUAUUCAAUACACUUUGUCGGGAUUUUUUUGUUUAAUUCUUUCAAGUUUGAACACCCUAGAGGAAAUUCUUGGCUUCGCUACUGUCUAUAGCAGAAGCUUAGAAGGUGUGAUCACUUGUUACUUCAUCAUUCUCUAGUUUAUCUUCUACUGUUGCUUCAAGUUGAACUAAGGAUUUUAUCUCUUUUCUGCUAAUUAAGUUUUUAUUAGUCUUCCCCAUAUCUGUUUGGCAGAUCGUUCUCGUGUAGAGAACUUGAGAAAUCUAAGCCAAGACAGUGUUGUUCAAUUUGAACUAGUAAUAUUUUUAACAUUGGAAAGGAAGUAGUUCCUUUUGCUUAGUUGUUCCUAUGUGAUGUCCUAAGUUUGCUUUCCAUU